UCUCACAGUGCCUGAGUCUAUUGUCACCAGUCUGCAGCAUCUCAUGUUCUGCUUGCCCAGAGCUCCCAGCUCAUCCCAGUCACUGCCGUGACCCUCUCCAGUUGCCCCUGUGCAGAGAUACAGCUCUAGUGAUAUGAUGGACGAUGACUCCUCCAGAAGGAGAUAUGAUGAAGAAGAAGAGUAUCACUCCAUCUACAUUGGGGUACCAGCUCCACGCAGCUACAGAAGAAAAAGACGCAGGAGGAGAUCCCUCUCCAGUCGGGAUCGGAGCAGUGAGAAUGAGAAACAUUAUGCAAGGGAUGAACAUUCAGAUACAGAUGAAGGAGGGCAGCUGAACUUUGACAAUGAGAGCUUUGAUAUCAGCAGAACCAUGUCUCCUGCUGCUGAGCGACUACGGUACAUUUUGGGAGAGGAUGACGACAUUCCAAAUCCAACCUUAUUCACUGAGAUGGACACUCUGCAGCAGGAAGGGGAUGAACUGGAAUGGAAGGAGACAGCAAGGUGGAUAAAAUUUGAAGAAAAAGUGGAGGAAGGAGGCGAAAGAUGGAGCAAACCACAUGUGUCAACUCUGUCUCUGCACAGUUUAUUUGAGCUGCGGACAUGUCUUCAGACUGGAAGUGUGAUGCUUGAUUUAGAUGGGUAUUCACUUUCACAGAUUGUAGAUGAUAUUGUUCAAAAGCAAAUAGAGGAUGGAAUCCUAAAACCAGAGCUCAGGGACAAAAUUAGUUUUGUCCUUCUAAGGAAACACAGACACCAAACCAAGAAGCCCAUCCAUAGGUCUUUGGCGGACAUUGGAAAAUCUGUCUCCUCCAGCACAAAUCGGAUUCAAGCUCCAGGCACUCCAGUUGGCACACAGUUCCAUCGUUCCACAGAAGACCUGAGGUUGCGCCAAAAUUCCAACUAUGGACGACUACGACAUGCACAUAGCAGAAGCAUGAAUGACAUUUCAGAGGCCCCAAGCUCAGACCAGUUGAAGAACAAAUUCAUGAAGAAGAUUCCUCGAGAUGCAGAGGCCUCCAAUGUUCUGGUGGGAGAGGUGGAUUUCUUAGACAAGCCUUUUGUAGCUUUUGUCCGUUUGGUACAGUCCAUAAUGCUGGGAGGGGUUACAGAGGUCCCUGUACCCACAAGGUUCCUUUUCAUUUUGUUGGGUCCAAUGGGGAAAGCCAAAUCUUACACUGAAAUCGGCAGAGCCAUUGCAACCUUGAUGGUGGAUGAUAUAUUUAGCGAUGUUGCCUACAAAGCAAAAGACCGCGAGGACUUAAUUGCAGGAAUAGACGAGUUUUUAAAUGAAGUCAUUGUACUUCCUCCUGGGGAGUGGGACCCAACCAUCAGAAUAGAACCACCCAAAAAGAUCCCAUCAGCUGACCAGAGAAAAUCAAUGUUCUCAGUUAAUGAAGCUGGACAGAUGAAUGGCUCGGCAGGAGGAGGGGCUGGAAGCGGUGGCGCAGGAAGUGAAGAUGGUGAGAUGCCAGCUGCCCAUGAGAUUGGAGAAGAACUUUCAUUUACUGGGAGGUUCUGCGGGGGGUUGUAUCUGGAUAUCAAGAGGAAGCUGCCCUGGAUUCCUAGCGAUUUCUAUGAAGCUUUUCACAUCCAGUCAAUUUCUGCCAUUCUGUUCAUCUACCUGGGCUGCAUUACCAACGCCAUCACCUUUGGGGGGCUACUUGGAGAUGCCACAGACAAUUACCAGGGAGUUAUGGAAAGCUUCCUGGGCACAGCAAUGGCCGGCUCUGUGUUUUGCUUUUUUGCUGGACAACCUCUUAUCAUCUUGAGCAGCACUGGGCCCAUUCUCAUCUUUGAGAAACUCCUAUUUGAUUUUAGCAAAGGUAAUGAUAUAGAUUAUAUGGAAUUUCGGCUGUGGAUCGGGCUCCACUCUGCCCUGCAGUGCCUUAUUCUUGUCGCUACUGACGCCAGCUUUAUUAUUAAGUACAUCACGCGUUUCACAGAGGAGGGAUUCUCAACUCUCAUCAGUUUUAUCUUCAUCUAUGAUGCCAUUAAAAAAAUGAUCGGAGCUUUCAAGUAUUACCCAAUUAAUUCUGACUUCAAACCUGACCAAGUCACCUUAUACAGAUGCGAGUGUGUUGCGCCUGACCCAGUGAACGCAACUUUAUUCAAUGAUUCAGUUCCUUUUGCACCAAACAACACUAACAUCUCACUGUACAAUGUCCUUAAUGCUACAGCUCUGGAUUGGACCCAGCUAAGUAUGAAGGAAUGUCUGAAAUACGGUGGCAGCCUGGUAGGAAACUCGUGCAAAUAUGUGCCGGAUCUUGCCCUCAUGUCUUUCAUCUUGUUCUUUGGAACAUAUUCAAUGACUAUAUCACUGAAGAAAUUUAAGUUUAGCCGUUACUUCCCAACCAAGCUACGUAAACUUAUUAGUGACUUCUCAAUCUUCAUGUCCAUUCUAAUCUUUGUUGGUCUUGACAUUCUCUGUGGAUUAGAUACUCCCAAACUACAAGUACCUACUGAAUUUAAGCCCACACGGCCUGACAGAGGUUGGUUUGUCUUUCCCUUUGGCAAGAAUCCUUGGUGGGUUUAUCUGGCCAGUGCACUUCCUGCUCUGCUGGUGACUAUUCUUAUCUUCAUGGACCAGCAGAUUACUGGUGUCAUCGUCAAUAGAAAAGAGCACAAGCUAAAGAAAGGUUGUGGGUACCACUUGGAUCUCUUCUGGGUUGGGAUUUUAAUGGCAGUCUGCUCCUUUAUGGGACUUCCCUGGUAUGUGGCAGCCACUGUCAUUUCUAUUGCCCACAUCGAUAGCUUGAAGAUGGAGACUGAGACCAGUGCUCCAGGAGAGCAGCCACAGUUUUUAGGAGUAAGGGAGCAGAGAGUAUCGGGAAUUAUAGUGUUUAUUUUAACUGGAAUCUCUGUUUUCCUGGCUCCUGUGCUGAAGUAUAUCCCAAUGCCCGUGCUCUAUGGUGUCUUCCUCUAUAUGGGAGUGGCUUCUCUCAAUGGAAUCCAGUUCUGGGAUCGCUGUAAACUCUUCAUGAUGCCAGCAAAGCAUCAACCUGACUAUGCAUAUCUCCGGCACGUCCCCUUACGCAGAAUCCAUCUCUUCACUGUUGUCCAAAUUAUCUGCCUUGCUGUCCUGUGGAUCCUCAAGUCGACUGUUGCUGCCAUUAUUUUCCCAGUCAUGAUCCUUGGCUUGAUAAUAGUGAGGAAAAUGCUCGACUGGGUUUUCAGUCAGCACGAUCUUGCUUGGCUAGACGAUAUCCUGCCUGAGAAGGACAAAAAAAAGCAAGAGGACAAGUGCAAGAAGAAAAAAGGCAAAGAAGACUCUGACAGUGAUGAGGACAAAGGUGGGCGCUCAGGGGGGUUGCAUGGAGACACCUCUCCCAGCGCAUCAGAUGUGGAUCGCAGUAUUACUCUUCACCUGAAGAUCUCCUGCCCUCCUUCUCCUGCCAUCGGCUUUCCUAGAAAUACAACAAACCCUGUCCCUCAAGUGAAGAUCGAGAUGGAGUCGGAGUACGACGACUCGGACGUUGACCGCAACCCCAAAGACAGAGGCAGUGAAACUACUUUAUAAACCCCCCAAGAACUUCACAUUAGUAAUACCAUCCGCCUGGAAGGAAACUUCUUCCCACAAUAGAAGCCACCACUAAAAAUGUAACACUAUU